GGGGGGGACGUCGUCGGCCUCCGUUAUGGGGCGAAUUUCGGGGGGUUCCCGAAUUCCCGGGGGGGGUCCCGGCGGGGGGGGCGGCGGAGGAGGAGGGAUCGGCGCCCCCCCCGGAGGACAGCGGGUGUACAAGCAGUCGAUGGCGCAGCGCGCCCGCACGAUGGCGCUCUACAACCCCAUCCCCGUCCGCCAGAACUGCCUGACCGUCAACCGCUCCCUGUUCCUCUUCAGCGAAGACAACGCGGUGAGGAAGUACGCCAAAAGGAUCACCGAGUGGCCUCCGUUCGAAUACAUGAUCUUAGCCACCAUCAUCGCCAACUGCAUCGUGCUGGCCCUGGAGCAGCACCUGCCCGACGACGACAAGACCCCCAUGUCGGAGCGGCUG